AGGUAGACACGUACGUUUGCUAAGUCAUCCACGAACUAAAACAAUGGCAACCGACAUCGAUACCUUAGUCGCUAUGGGAUUUCCUAGAAACAGGGCUGAAAAAGCCUGGAAAAAGACGAAUGGGGCGGGCCUGCAACCUGCCAUGGACUGGAUAUUAGAGCAUUCGGAAGACGCUGAUAUAGACGAGCCGGUGACUGAAGGACAGUCCUUGGCUGCUGCUGCAACACCCAGUGCCUCAAGCACAGGAAACGCUGAUGAUGAAGGAGAAAUCAAAGAUGGUGAACAGACUGCUCAAAGCUUGAUCUGCAAUGAUUGUCAAAAGUUGUUCAGAGAUGCUUCUGCUGCCGAACGUCAUGCUAUUCGUACUAGCCAUCAAAACUUCUCUGAGAGUACCGAGGCCAUCAAACCUUUAUCUGAAGAAGAAAAGAAAGAAAAGUUGGCGGAACUGAAAGCAAGGUUGGCGGAAAAGCGUGCCUUACGAGAGGUACAGGACAAGGAAGAGAAAAAGUCCAAUGAGAAAAUUCGCAGAAAAACUGGACAGGAAAUCACUCUUGCUAAGGAGAAAUUAGAGGAGGAACAAAUGAAAAAGGCGUUUGCAGCUAAGAAGAAGGAAAAGGAAGAGGAGAAAGCAGCAAAAGCGAAGAUCAAGGCCCAAAUUGAGGCUGAUAAAAGAGAAAGAGCUGCCAAGCGAGACGCGUCCAAGCAAGUUGCACAGGCCCAAGCUCAGGCCGAUGCGGCCGAAGCUGCCAAACCUUCUGUCAAAAAGGAGUAUACUGAAGCCAGACUACAGAUUCGUUUACCGGGUACCACUCCUGUUACCCAAACUUUUCCAGCAGGAAGUCAACUUGAGGAUGUUGCAGCGUUUCUAAGAGAUAACGGGCAUGCAUCGACCUUCACACUCUCUACAACAUUUCCAAGGAAAACUUUCCAGCCUGACGAAUACUCCAAGACUUUGAAAGAAUUAGACCUAGUGCCUUCAGCAGUACUUCUUCUGAAUACUGUAUAAAUUUGUAAGAGUUUUGUGGUUGGAAGGAUGUGCACUACAAGCAGGAUAUAAUAAAAUUGUAAAAUGCCUAUUG